ACCACCACAAUGACGAGUUAUUUAGCCAACAACAACUAAAAUCCACACAGCAUUUCAGCUGCAUUGAGCUAAAAGAAGCUGCCGAAGAAAGUGCAACAGGCAACAUCCAGUUGAGAGCUGGGGCAACAACAGUAGCGGAAUGGUGGAGCUACAACUGAGGAAACGAAACGCUUGCGUCAUUGUGUUGGGCGAUAUCGGACGUAGUCCACGUAUGCAAUACCAUGCGCAGAGUCUACUCGAGGAAAACUACAAUGUGGACAUAAUUGGAUACAUGGAGACACGACCGCUGGAUGUGUUAACUGUGGCGCAGCCCAAGUGCAAAAUACACGAGCUUCCAGCGGUGCCCAUCACAAAUCUAACACCAAAACUGAGGCUGCUCUUCAAGGCGAUCUGGCAAACGUUGAGCUUGCUGAUGGCGUUAAUCUCCAUACGUCGGCCCAACUUUCUGCUAGUACAGAAUCCACCCGGCAUACCUACGUUGGUCGUCUGCUAUUUUUACUGCGCCUUGACGCGCACCAAGCUAGUCAUCGACUGGCACAACUACAGCUACACGGUGUUGGCGCUGGGUAUGGCCGGCGGCGAGCAGAGCCGGCUUAUUCGCCUGACAAAACGGCUGGAACGGUACUUUGGCGCCAAGGCGCACACACACUUCUGUGUCACAAAGGCCAUGAAGGAAGAUUUGCAGCGCAACUGGAACAUUGGGCCCGUUACUGUGCUGUACGAUCGGGCGCCGGCGCAGUUUCAUCCCAUUGAACUGGCCCAAAAGCACGAGCUGUUCAUGAAGCUAUCCAAAGAUUACGCGCAAUUCAUGCCGCAGUGCUAUGCGGAUCUGAAACAGUCCGGCGUGUUGGAAUCGACAUCGCUUACGCAAAAGCUGGCCAACGGCACUGUAUUGUACAAGCCGCAACGGCAAGCGAUACUUGUAUCCAGCACCAGCUGGACCCCGGACGAGGAUUUCGGCAUACUGCUGCAGGCGCUGGAGUCAUAUGAGUGCGUUGCUGUAGAUGAACCUCAAGUCUAUCCAUCUCUGCUGUGCAUCAUCACAGGCAAAGGGCCGCAAAAAGCGCAUUACGAAGCGCUAAUCGCUAAAAUGCAUUGGCAAAAGGUGUCCAUUGUGACCCCCUGGCUGGAGGCUGAUGAUUAUCCCAGCGUUCUGGCCAGCGCCGAUCUCGGCGUGUGCUUGCACUGGAGCACCAGCGGCCUGGAUCUGCCAAUGAAAGUGGUGGACAUGUUUGGCAGCGGACUGCCCGUCUGUGCAUAUAACUUCAAAUGCCUAGACGAGCUGGUCAAGCAUGGCGAAAACGGUUUUGUGUUUAGCGAUCAUGUGGAGCUGGCCGAACAGCUGCGCAUCUGGUUUGAGCACUUCCCCAAUAAUCCAAGCAUCAUAGAGACACGCUCGCGCUUCGCUCGCAGCCUGCAGCAGUUUCAGGAGCUGCGCUGGCGUGACAAUUGGCGACAAUGUGCUGCACCCGUACUGGAAGCAUUUCUUUAGGCAGCUUAGACAGCGUUUAUUGCUUUCAAUAAAAUUUGUGAACACUACAA